AUGGCUGAACCAACUGCUCCCACUGCCGUGUAUAGCGCCCACAAGGAGAAGGUUCUUCUCCGUAUUGCAACUGGCGGAGCUGGUCAGUCUGGUCUGCUGGAGGCUUUGGCAAAAAGUUUUGUCCAAUAUUGUGUCGAUCACAAGAAAGCUGAGCCUUUCCUUAUUGAAUGGUACAAGACUGAUAGCACUCCUAUGACUGAGAAUCUGCUCAAAGAGGUCGCCGAUAUCGCUAUCACGUCUCAUGCGCUAGAUGACAAGGUCAUUGAACGAGUCGUGUACGCGUGGCGGGACCAUUGGAUGCUCGUCGGCCCAAAACACAACCCUGCUAGCCUCCCAGAGGAUAGACAGACCAGAGUAUCUUGUCUGUUUACCAAGUUGUUCAACCGAAUGGAAGAGAGCAAGCAUUCAGCGAAGCCCAUCAAGUUCCUGUCGCGUUAUGACAGAUCCGCUGGAAACAUCGUAGAGUCUCUGCUCUGGGCCACGAUUAGCCAGGUUCCAUGGGCCGAUCCUCCAACCUCGUGGUAUCACAUGUUCCCUGGUUUCUCCGUUCAAGCUAUACGUGAGGCGGCCAGUAAAGGCGAAUACACUGUGACAGACAAGGAGACUUGGCUGGGGAUCGGAGAUGAGACGAGAAAACAGCUUACGAUCUUUGCUGAAGGAGACGACAACGAAAACGAUCUUUUACUUAACCCUGCUCACAUUCUGGUCGGUAAGAAUGCCAAAAACAAAGCAACGGCGAACAACUUUGCCGACUGGAUGGUUCUGGAUGAUGGUGGCCAGCAGGUCAUCAGGAGCUUUAAGAAGAGCGGAGAGGUCCUGUACUCGACUAUUCCAGGAGGAGUCGACCCGCUAGACCGUGUCAAGGGGCUUCUAGGAUUCUCUGGCUCGACCGCGGCAGCUUACCCAGCUGAUUGGGUAGAGGAUGAGAUUUACUUCUUCAAGGACAACCAAUAUACCCGCAUCAAUCCCGCCAAAGAGCACAGCGACACACGUGGAGAUGACAUUUUGACAAUGUGGCCCGCGCUUAAGAAAUUCGGAUUUUGCCCAAUAAAUUCCAUAUUCACUGCAACAGACGACGAAAAUGAAGCAUACUUUUUCUGUGGAUCUCGUUGUUUGAGAAUCCAUGGUCACCAUGGUUUGAACGGAUAUCCCGUCGGCAAGCCAUUCAGGUUCCAGGAGAAAUGGCCUGCCCUGAAAGAGGUGGGCUUUGAACUGGUGGACGCAACAUUGCCUUUCAGUUUCAAAGGAAGCGAGUAUCAACAUGUGGUAUGUUUCUUCCGCAAGGAAAGGUACGCUCUAAUUGAUGUCAUCCGGAAUAUACUCUUGGAAUCGGGUAAUAUCGCGUUGCGCUUCAAUGCUUUGGCAGCAGCCAAGUUCAAGACAAUCGAUACUGUUGUUUUUAAGCCGAGAACGAACAAAGGUCAGGCGUGGUUUUUCUCCGGCGAACAGUAUGCUCUUGUCGAUUUGGUUGGUGACUCUGUCGCCCGGGGACCGGUGGACAUCGCAGAAUGGAAAUCUUUGAAGUCUACUAGGUUAUAUUGA